AUGGCUUCCCUCCAACCACAUCUGACGAGCCUCUUGAAGUCUCUACCGCCUUCACCUGCCGACAAGGAAGCUCUUGACAAACUCGUAGAACACACUUUACUCGAAACCAAAAACAAAUCCUCGCCAGAAAACAAAAAAAGUCAAUGGGAGUAUUUGUUAAAGAAUGACAUAUUCUUGUUGGCUGCCAGCGAAGGGACCGCUUUGAAAAGCGACGAACAGAAGUACUACACUCAGUUGUGCGAGAAACUCGAUGUCAUUUUAACAUUUACAGAGCAAGAUGCCUGCGAACCAUCUUUUCCUUUGAUUGUGCUUCAAGACCUACUUGAAACACAGACCAUUGCAUCCUGCUCCCAUAUUUUCUCAUGGAUAGAGUCGCGCGCUGACAGAUUGACCGAGGGUAUGAUACCGCAAAAGGGCAAGGCUCUUAUUUUGUUGCGUACUCUGAAUGAUCUCUUGCGACGACUAUCGAAGAUGGGGACGACCACGAUAUUCUGCGGUCGGAUCCUGACUUUCCUAAGCGGCGUAUUCCCUCUAGGAGAGCGAAGUGGCGUCAACCUCCGAGGAGAAUAUGGACCGACAUGGGAAGGCGUUCUGUUCACGGAUAAGGCAAAGCCUGAUAAUUCUAGUGCAGAUGUCAGAGCCGAAGAAAAUAAAGUGAAUGGACCCACACAAGAAAACAUAAAGGAUAGUGAGAAAAUGGAGGUGGACGAAAAGAAAGCGCUUCCGGUCCAAACCCCCGCAGAAAAGAAAGAAGAUUUCUACAAUACAUUUUGGUCACUCCAGCUGCCAUUCUCAAAACCUUCCCUUUUUGCGCAGAAGACAACUUUUGAAGAAUUCAAGGAAGCAGUUGGCAAAGUUAUGCCGGUAAUUAAGGAAGCAACUGCGAAAGAAAGAGCAAUGAUGGGUAGUAGAAGUGGCGUCGGUAACUUGGGUACCCUCAAGAGGAAACGAGAUUCUGAAGAAGAAACCAACUCAAACGAAUACUUCUUCGCUAAAUUCUUGACAAACCCAGAUUUACUUGACCUAGAGAUCGCAGAUACACACUUCCGUCGACAAUUCUUAUUCCAACUUGCGACAUUGUUGAACCAUCUUCUUAACUUCACCAAAACCGCAAAAGCCGCUUGGUACACCGUACGCAACCGGUCACUGCAAAUGGAUUUCACCCUUGAAGACUUGGAAGUACAGUGGGUUCAAGAUACUUUGACGAAAAUAACAGAAGAACUGCGACAAACGACACCAAAUGGUAGAACAUUCGCCGAUACCGUUAACGUCAUAUUGGAGAGAGAACGAAAUUGGGUGAAAUGGAAAAACGAAUUAUGCACGCCUUUCGAUCGAGAGCCUUGGUCGCAAGAUAUUAACGGUGAGAAGGUCGACUUUUUUGAGGCUACAAAAGGCGAUAGAGAACAGCUGCGCAAACCGCCUUCAGAAUGGCAAUGGAAAAUGGGGACCGAGGCAUUGACUGAGAUUUGGGAUAUGGGGUACACCAACUUGGAAGAUUUGAAGAUGCCUUUCCAGCCUGGCGACGUCAAGGACUUCGUUAAAAAAAUCAAACAAGAAGAUGCGCGUAUAUCAUUGCGAAACCAAAGGUUGGAGAAAAUGGCUGCCUUAGCCAAAAGUAGAGCCGCCUCCGCUGCCAAUCAAGCUAAAAGCGCUACGCCAAAUCCACCUCCGACAAUUGUUGUCUCAGCGGAGUCCUCUACACCCGUCAAGUCAGAAACUGCCACAACUCGCGCCGAGCCGGCUCCCGGAACCCUUGCUGCACCGCGACCUAUAUCAGCCGUAAGUAAUUCACCAAUACACCCGUCUCUCCCUCCAAAACCUGGAUCGCCAUCGAAACUCGCAUCUUCAUCGCAAGAACCUGUCAAGAUUGUUAAUUCUUCCCCUAAUGUUGGUCCCGCACCACUUCCUGUGUCUACCCCAGUACCUGCGGCUUCGCCGGCCCCUACACCGGUACCUGUCCCAACUGAUCCAGAGAUUACAAAAUACGAAGAUAACAAGCAACGAUGGGCAUGGCUUGCGCUUCGUGCGGCCCGCGACCAGUAUUUGCAACACUUCGGAAGGAUUGGAACCGGAGACAUCGAAGCUUUGGCCCAAGAAAUCGAGAAAGAAAAAGAUAAACCGCAAAGGAUGGAAGAUGUAGCUAGCUCAACAAUAGGGGAGGAACAGGGGUCUGGAAGUCCUUCAUUUGGGCAGCUCCAAAGAGACACUGAGGGAGAUGUGAAGAUGGAAGGAUAG